CCAUCUCGUCGUCCAAUUUCUAGCUUCUCUGUAAUGGACGGAAUAAUGAAUAACCGGCCAAGGAUCAUGGUGACCAACGAUGAUGGAAUCGAUGGGCCUGGUUUACGAGCAUUAGUUCAGGUUUUGGUAUCAACUGGUUGUUACGAGGUUCAGGUCUGCGCUCCUGAUUCGGAAAAGUCUGCUACAAGUCAUAGCAUCACUUGGCGUAAUAUUAUGCUAACUGUUAGCAGAGUUGAAAUCGAAGGGGCAACCGCUUAUGCAGUUUCUGGAACACCAGCAGAUUGUGCUUCUUUGGGAAUCUCCAAAGCCCUCUUUCCUGCAGUUCCUGAUCUGGUUAUCAGUGGCAUCAAUAAGGGUAGCAAUUGCGGAUAUCACAUUGUUUAUUCAGGGACAGUGGCUGGUGCUCGAGAGGCCUUCAUUCAUGGAGUGCCUUCUAUAUCUGUGUCAUAUGAUUGGGUUAGAGAUAAAAGCAGUAUUGAUGACUUCAAACUAGGCGCUGAGGCUUGCUUGCCCAUCAUAAAUGCCAUACUGACUGAGCUAAAAAAUAAAACUUAUCCUCAAAGAUGCUUUUUGAAUGUGGAUUUGCCAACAACCAUUGCAAGUCAUAAGGGAUAUAGGGUGACUAAACAGGGGAAGAGUUGUAUCAAGAUGGGAUGGAAACAGGUUAUUUCUGAGACACAAGGAGAAAAGAUAGUAUCAACAAUGACGAUGGAGACUGCCACAUCAGCAGGUGCCGAGAUGGAUGCAUCCUCACCAGCAUCAGAAGAACAUCUUUUAUUCAAGAAAGAGGUGUUAAGUUCACAAAUUGAAGAGGAGGAUAUGGACUUCCGAUCUCUUAGAGAAGGAUAUAUAACAGUAACUCCUGUUGGUGCUCUUUCUCAUCCUGAGAUGGAUUGUCAGGCCUAUUUCAAAGAUUGGUUGACACGUGCAGUUGAAUGCCCGUCUUCAACAGCCUUAUAAUGUUAGGAACUACAGGCAUGUGGAUUCUUGCAUGUUCAGACAUUGCUGAAGACAUUCUUUGGUUAUCUCUUCUAUGCUACUACAUUGCUCCCAGCCUUCUAUCAAGAGGAUCAAAAUUUACCCAUGUUGAUGAGGGCAUAUAUGGAUACACAAAAAAUUUAAUAUUUGAGUCACUUCCAGUAUUGGAUUGUAAUAAAAUGGCCAUUUUUGGAAGGUAAAUAAAUUUUUAUGAUAUAAUUGGUUUCUUGGUGAUCAAUAGUUUUCAAAAUCUGUUCCAUCCCCAGGUGAUAAG